AUGCUGCGCGCGAAGAGCGACUACGGUCCUAGGAAACAAAGACAGUCUACUGCCUCUUCCUUUGAGCACAGAGACGGGGACGAGGCUUCGAAGUUCAAGAUGCGUCAUGGCUGGGAAGACCAGCUCAUGUCACCAGAGCAAGCAAACCUGCUAUCUCAGACCUUCUACAUGUAUUACACCGAUAAGCGACACGAGACCGCAGGUAAUCCAAAAGAUGCCAAGGACGAUUACCACGUCCAGGAAUGGCGCAUGAAGGACCGACUUAAGACCAUCUCCGCUCUUCUGACCGUCUGCCUGAAUAUUGGUGUCGACCCGCCCGAUGUCAUCAAGACAAACCCCUGUGCGCGCAUGGAGUGCUGGGUGGAUCCUAUGGGUACCGAGGGUCCACAGGGUUCCGGCGGUGCUAAUCCUCAGAUUGGCAAGAAUCUUCAAACACAGUAUGAGACGCUCAGUAUGCGUACUCGCUACAAGCUCGUCAUGGAUCCCAGUAUCGAGGAGAUGAAGAAAUACUGUACUACCCUGCGCCGCAAUGCAAAAGACGAACGGAUACUUUUCCAUUACAACGGCCAUGGUGUACCAAAGCCCACUGCCGCUGGCGAAAUAUGGGUCUUCAAUCGCUCCUUUACUCAGUACAUUCCUAUCUCGCUGUACGAUUUGCAAAGCUGGCUCGGCGCUCCUGGCCUCUUUGUUUACGACUGUUCUGCCGCUGGACUAAUCAUCAAAAACUUCCAUCCUUGCAUUAAGAAGCACGAGACCGAUCAGGUAGAGGCCCGACGACGAGAUCCGACGACACCACUGAUGAACUGGAGUGAUUGCAUACAUCUGGCUGCUUGUCGCGAGGACGAAUCUUUGCCCACCAACCCUGAUCUUCCUGCUGACCUGUUUACGUCCUGUUUGACUACUCCGAUCGAAAUGGCAGUCCGCUUCUUCAUCCUUCAAAAUCCUCUUCCUGGAGGUCCCACUCUUUCUGAGGGCCGCAACAUUCCUGGAAAGAUUUCUGAACGUAGAACUCCUCUCGGUGAGCUUAAUUGGAUUUUUACCGCCAUUACCGACACGAUCGCCUGGAACUGUCUUCCCAAGCCCCUUUUCAAGAAGCUUUUCCGACAAGACUUGAUGGUUGCUGCCCUGUUUCGUAACUUCCUCUUGGCCCAAAGAAUCAUGAGAAAAUACCACUGCCACCCUCAAUGCUACCCCGAGAUCCCAGAGACACAUAACCAUCCUCUGUGGCAAAGCUGGGAUUACGCGGUCGAGAUGAUCCUGGCUCAAUUGCCUAGUCUGAUUCAACAGGCAAAAGAGAAUAAGGAACUCGAAUACCAGCACUCUGAAUUCUUUGCACACCAACUCAGUGCUUUCGAGGUGUAUCUCAGUCAAGGCGCACUGGAGCAAAAGGUCCCAGAACAGCUGCCAAUCGUUCUUCAAGUGCUUCUCAGUCAAGUACAUCGCUUGCGUGCCCUGAUCCUUCUGGGUAAAUUCCUUGAUCUAGGGCCAUGGGCUGUCAAUCUUGCCCUCAGCAUCGGUAUCUUUCCGUACGUCUUGAAACUUCUACAAUCACAGGCAAUUGAGCUCAAACCGGUUAUGGUAUUCAUCUGGACUCGGAUAUUGGCUAUCGACCAGUCGUGUCAGUCGGAUCUGCUCAAAGACAACGGAUACGCUUACUUUAUCAACAUCAUAAGUCCGCAGACCGGCAUCCCUGUCGGAAACAUGGCAGAGCAUCGGGCCAUGUGCGCUUUUAUCAUUGCCAUGUUUUGCAAAGACUUCCGACCAGGACAGAACGUAUGUCUGAGUACUAAUCCGGAGCUUAUAGAAAGUCUCCUGAGUCACCUGGUUGAUAUGGAAAAUCCUUUGCUCAGGCAACAUUCUUGCUUGUGUAUCAGCAUGCUCUGGUAUGACUUUCCUGAAGCUAAAUGGCAGGGUAUACGCUCUCAGGCUCAUAUGCGCUUAUGUGACCUUGCCCUCGACCCUGUACCUGAGGUGCGAACGGCAAUGCUGCACGCGCUCACGAGUUUCCUUGGAAUUCCCGAUGUGACCGACCAGGUCGCCUAUAUCGAAGAGACCAUUGCUUCGAUCAUUCUUGCCAUGGCGAACGACAGUAGUGUCAUGGUUCGCAAAGAGUUGCUUGUGUUCCACUCUACGUUCAUCGCGAGAUACAAGAACAAGUUCAUUGUAGCAGCGUACGAGCAGUUCACGGAAGAGCACGCAGCUCAUCUAGCACAAGAUGCCAGCAUUUAUCGUCCAGCGACACCUUCAGAGGCAAACGGAUCUUACGAAAGCAAGCGUGACCUAUCAUUUGACAACCACGACUCCUUCUCAAGAGGGUCGUCUGUUGAGUCUAACACGUCUAGAAACACUGUCUUUUCAGCAAUGUGGAAGCAAGUCCUCAUCAUAUCUGCCGAUCCUCAUCCCGAGAUCGCGAGAAACGCAGGCAUUAUCCUGGACAAUGUCUUGGGUGCACUGUUCGAUUCUCCGCUCGCUGUAUAUGUCCACCAAAUGCUAGAUGACAUGGCAGCGCGCCCCAUUCCUUACGCUCAAGUGCCAACCACUUCUCUGGAUGGACCAACAAGAUUGCAACAUCCAGAUGUCCCUAGAGCUCCCCCAUCUCCAACACCAUCUACGAGUUCAAAGCAUGAUGGAUACUUCUCCGUGUCCGCAGGUCUGAGACGUACAGCCAGCAUGGCCGCCUCCAUCAAGAACCUCGCUUCUUUUGGCGCAACCAAGGCUUCUCAAGACCCGUCGCAAAGUCAAUCUCUAAGAGGAUCGGGAGCUGGUCGGAGGUCUCAAGUGCCGUCUGAUUGGAACAGGCCGCCGGAUGCAACAGAUCCUCAGCCAACCCGUGUCCGUGGUCAUCAAAUCGCAAAAUCGCCAUCAGUGCCCAAUUUCGAGCCCAGGAACUUCUCUCAGCCUCCUACAAUUCCCUUGACUUCUAACUUCUUUCAAUGGUCAGCCUCGUACUUUAGGGAGCCUCAGAUGCGGCCAUCAGAAGCCGACGAGCCAGGCUCAUUGGACUACAAUGAGCGCCUAUGGCGACGCAAUCGUAACGAUAAGAUAAUCGCAUCGACACAGCCACUGAAGGAAGUCGCAGGCACCGGCCGUUGGGAUGUUCCAGCAGGAGUGCUUGCAACGAACAGUCCACCAAUGAAGAUGGUUUUUCAUCAAUUUGAAGACCAUCUGGUCAUUAGUGACGAUCAGGAUGGCAUCAGCGUGUGGGAUUGGCACCGAGAAAGAAGGUUGGCUCGAUUCAGUGCCGGCAAUCCUCGUGGCAGCAAGAUCAGCGACCUUCGAUUCAUCAACGAAGACGACCAAGCGCUGCUCAUGACUGGUAGCUCUGAUGGAGUAAUCAAAGUGUUCAGAAACUACGAGAAUGAGAAACAGGUUGAGUUGGUUGCCUCGUUCCGUGCUCUGACGGAUCUCGUGCCGAGUACACAUAACGCAGGCUUGGUGUUUGAUUGGCAACAAGGCCAGGGUCGUGUUUUGGUGGCAGGUGAUCUUCGCGUCAUUCGUGUGUGGCAAGCCGGCACAGAGCUCUGUACAGCAGACAUCCCUGCCAGAUCUGGAUCAUGUGUAACGAGCUUAACAUCGGACCAAGUAGAAGGCAAUGUCUUUGUGGCGGGCUUUGGUGAUGGCGCGAUCCGCGUUUACGAUCAGCGUAAUCGACCGGCCGAGAGUAUGGUGCGGGUAUGGAAGGAACACAAAGGAUGGGUUGUUGGAUGCCACCUGCAGCGUGGUGGCAUGCGGGAGCUUAUUUCAGCAGAGCGUGGUGGCGCUGUCAGGCUCUGGGACAUUCGUAUGGACCGCAGUGUGGGUGUGGUCAAAGGUAAGGGUGAGGGUGGCAUUGGCACGUGCCGAACACUGAGCGUGCAUGAGCAUGCACCUGUCUUUGCAACUGGAUCAUCUCACAAUGCGGUUCGCGUCUUCUCGACCAACAACGUGACGGCCACCGCAGCGAACUCAACGCCACUGUCGACAAUCGAGCCGUUCAGCAACUUCCUGCACACCAAUGUGCUUUCUUCACAUAGACCUACGCCGAUUGCCUCUACAGCAUUCCACCCGCACAGGAUGAUGUUGGCAUGCUCUACGGUCAACGACGGGCAUGUCAGCUUGUUUAAAUGUGCAUCUCGAGAUGGGACCUCAUUGAGCGGACAGAAUAACAUUGUCAAGGAAUGGGAGGGUUGA